CCGCCACGGAGCUCCUGAAGCCGAGCAGACCCCGCUUGAGGAUGCCGCCAGGGGAGGAGGAGAAGGAGGAGGAAGGAGGAGGAGGAGGAGGCAGAAGCUGCUCGGCGGCGGUUCCCUAAAGCGGCAGUUCCUCCUCUUCCUCCCCGUCGCCUUCCCCCUCCUCCUCCUCUUCGCUCCGGCGGCAGCAUGUUGGGCCGGGUGCGCUCGGCCAUGGCGCAGCUCGUCGGGGGGCUGGGCAGCUCGGGGAGCCCCUCCAACCAAGAGGCAGCCUCGGCCUCCCCUCCGCCGCCCGCGCCCAGUUCCAGCUCGGUUGCGGCUGCUGCUGCUUCUGCUGCUGCUGCUGAUUCCUCCUCCUCCUCGUCCUCUUCCUCCGCCGCCAGCUCCUGCAGACGGGAUCCGGCGGCUCCUCCGCGGCGAGGCAGCUUCUCGAGGCCGGGUUUCCUGCAGCUGACAGCCGAGGAGCUGCUGCAGGCGGACGACCACUCGGGGAGAGCCGUCCAGAGCCCUCGCGAGAGCCGGCGACGCCUGCCCUGGAGCACCGGCUACGCAGAGGUCAUCAAUGCUGGCAAAAGCCAACAUAAUGAGGAUCAAGCUUGCUGUGAAGCUGUGUUUGUGGGAAAAAGAAGAGGCCCAAGGACUAACCCAGCCCCUAAGGAAGCUUCUGGAGAUCUGGAAGAGGGCAGCAAAGGCCUGUGCUUUUAUUACUGGGGUUUGUUUGAUGGACAUGCUGGAAGUGGAGCUGCAAUCAUGGCUUCCAAACUGCUUCACUUUCACAUCCGGGACCAACUGCGGGAUUUGGUAGACAUUUUGCAAGAUCCAUCCCCUCCUCCAAUCUGCCUACAGGAUGGUUCUAGGACAUUUGUAGCAGAACCAAAUAAAGCUCCUCUGGCACAGGAAGACGUUGAGGUCCCAAAUAAUGCUUUGCCACGCUUCCAUAUGGAAAAGGUGAUUUCUCAUGAGAGUUUAGUAGUGGGAGCCAUUGAGAAUGCCUUCAAGCAGAUGGAUAAUCAGAUCGAGCAGGAACGGGUGACCCGGCAAACAUCAGGUGGCUGUUGUGCCCUAGCUGUUGUCUAUCUCCUGGGGAAGUUCUAUGUGGCGAAUGCAGGUGAUAGUAGGGCCAUUGUCAUCCGUAAUGGGGAAAUCAUUCCAAUGUCCCGAGAGUUUACUCCAGAGACAGAGAGGCAAAGGCUACAGUUUUUAGGCUUUUUGAGACCUGAGUUACUGGGAAAUGAGUUUACUCACCUUGAGUUCCCUCGAAGGAUCCAGCAGAAGGAACUGGGAAAGAAGAUGUUGUACAGGGACCAAAACAUGAAUGGCUGGGCAUAUAAAAAGAUAGAAGAAGAUGACCUGAAGUUUCCACUCAUAUAUGGAGAGGGUAAAAAGGCUCGAAUGAUGGCAACUAUUGGAGUGACUCGAGGCUUAGGGGAUCAUGAUCUCAAAGUAUACAGCUCCAACAUUCACAUCAAACCUUUCCUGUCCUGCAUCCCAGACGUCCACAUAUAUGACCUCACACAGUAUGAGCACUGCCCUGAUGAUGUGCUGGUGUUGGGCACAGAUGGUCUCUGGGAUGUCACGAACAAUCAAGAGGUGGCCAAGGUUGUAUUUGAUGUCCUUAUGCGCUAUGAGCCCAAUGAUCCUUGCAGGUACACUAUGGUAGCCCAGGAAUUGGUGAUGAAAUCCCGAGGCAUCCUGAAGGACCGUGGCUGGAGGCUGGCCAAUGACAAGCUGGGGUCUGGAGAUGAUAUCUCUGUUUUUGUUAUUCCUCUGGGUGGACCAGGAAACUACACCUGAACCUCAAGUCUCAAGGCACAGGCUCAUGACACUGGAUUGCAAAACAAACAGAGCAACCUAUUGCACAAAUCAACUUGAAGUCUUCAGUUUCUUGCUGCUGGAACAUUUGCACUCCGGGAGUCUUCUGGAGUGGUUUAGAAAACUGUAGGACUGCAACCUCAGCCCUGUUCUCACCCCUUUCUAUCUUGCUGCAUCUCUUUGGGACAACAGGAGUCAAAGGCCUGGACCAGAUGCCUGUUAACAGCAAGGAUGUCAAAGCGAUCAUCUCUCAGGGAGUAUCCUUAGCAGCCCUCAAGACCAAUGGAAACCCCGCACAUCUAGGUCUGCCUUGAAGUACAUGAUUUUGCCCUCCUUGUUCCCUUGCACUGCAUGGGAAGAUUGUAUAGAAAUGUUGGAACCUACCUGAUCCACUGCAGCAUUUUGGCAUGCAUACAUACUUCUGCCCCAUGGUUACAACGAAGCAGUUGAACUUCCCAUUACCAGGAGCUAAGAACACUUCAUCAUAACUGAUCCGAUUGACAGUUGUGCCUCCUUUCCUUGGAACUAUUGCCUUGCCUCAACAAUCAGUCCUUACUGCAAAUUACUGAAAUAUGUGCUGCUGAUAGGCUAAGGAUUAGCAUUCCUAAGGCAGCAUCUAUAUCUUUCUCUCCAAACUGCUCCCUGCACAGUAGAGGGAUACUGAAUAAGCAUUUAUUUAUUUUUUAUUUAUUUUUUAUUUCGUGCAGGGAUUUCUCACAAUGGUGAACAUUGCUGCAACUUAGCCAAGUGUGCUUAUUUUUUAUAAAGCUACCUCCAAGCUACAAAGGAGAAGUGGGGGUGCAAAAAUAAAAUAUGGGCUAGUUUAAAUGGCUUGCCAUUACAUUUGUUGCAGAGAGGGAAAGCAACAUAUUAUACACAAAAAAAGACAGCUACCUCUAAAAAGGAUAAAAUGGUCAAACACCCUACGUUCUCAGUCUGAUUACUUGAUUCCUUCUGUGAAAAAUCACAUGCUUCUACCAUAAGAAGUUCCACAACUGAA